AUGUUAUCUGUUGAUCAAACUCUACGAAAGAUUGAAAACCUGUGCAACCACUGCCCAGGUCUCCGCAAAGGAACUCGCGCAGAUAUGAUUUUCCGCUGUUUCACUCAAUCUCCCGUUCCCGACGAUGAGGGAAUGUGGUUUGUCGCUAAUACCACCCUUGAUAGUGUAUUUGGUCGUGAUUGUAUCAAAGAAAACUUAUCGAAAGGUACGGUUGGACUUCCGUUGGUGAUCGAAUGGAUCCAGAACGCUCGAAAGCACCAUUCUUGGGAUGCCGAUUCUGACAAGCUUAUCAAGGUCAAGCUCGACAAUAUUGUAUCUGCCCUGAAAGAUUUGGGAGCUGUCGAUACGAAUCCAGAUUUUGACGAACAACGCAGCGGCGAGAAACGCCAAGUGGUGUCCACCACCCCAAAGACCCCGAUCCGUCCAGCCAAGCAACCAUGCACUACUAGUACCAACAACUCAAAAGUUGUCGUUUUGUCCUCUGACCACGACGAACCGAUCAAGACUGUCAAUAAGAAAACGCUCAAGACCCCGAUACAUCCAGCCAAGCAACCUCAAACUACUAGUAGCAAGGGCUCGACAGUCGUCGUUUUGUCCUCUGACCAUGACGAACCGAUCAAAUCUGCCAAUAAAAACACGCUCAAACCCCCGAUCUGUCCAGCCAAGCAACCACGCACUACUAGUACCAAGGACUUGAAAGUCGUCGUUUUGUCCUCUGACCACGACAAACCGAUCAAAACUGUCAAUAAGAACACGCUCAACUCUGACGAGGAUAGUGACUUGGAGUUCAUCGGAGGUACUUUCCCGAACAAACCUCCUCAAGAUCCUCAACCGAAGCAAUCAGAUCUUCUUGAAUUGUGCCCGUUAUCAACACGUGGCAAGAAUUGCACCCGAUGCCAGGUGGAAGACCGCCUUGGAGGUAAAGAGCUCUCGUGCCACUGUGGUGCCAAACCGAUCUGGCUUAACGGUGGCCGUGUUAGACCAGCAAAAACUCACUGGGACUCUGGUCUCUUUGGACUGAUGAUCAAUGUUUCGUAA